AUGAUGAGCACCCGAUUUGUUCAUGGACACUAUACUACGGAUUUGUACCACCAAUUACAAACCCUAAUCCAAGACAACCGGAGUGUGGAUGAGUACCAUAAGGAGAUAGAGAUCCUGAUGCUCAGAGCGAAUGUACAAGAGGAUCCCGAGGCCACCAUGGCUAGAUUCUUGAACGGGUUACGACCCGAUAUUGCUGAACGAGUGGAACUUCAACACUAUAUAGAGUUGCAUGAGCUUGUAAACAAGGCCAUUAAGGUCGAGCAAAGGUUCAAGAUGAGGGGUACCACUCGAUCGAAUUUCGGCAAUACCACCUACUCUACCAACCAGCCAUUCCAACCAAGCAAUGAUUCUCGGCCUUCGCCAAAUGCUCCUACACCAAAGCCGAGAUUCGAGGGAGGUAAGAUGGGCAAUUCUAGUAUUGGUAAGCCACCCUCUUCUACUCCAAAAUUUGAGGAGCCUAGGGCACAAACUAGAACUCGUGAUACUCGAUGUUUCAAAUGCCAAGGUAGAGGCCAUAUUUCUAGUCAAUGUCCGAAUCAAAGGACUAUGAUUAUGAUGCAAAAUGGCGAGAUCCUGAGUGAGGACAAAAUCGAGUACGAAGGCAUGCCACCUCUUGAAGGAGGUAGUGAUGGUGAAUCACCAAAUGAAGAGGAGUUUAGUGCACCCGAGGGUCAUUUUGGGACUGCAUUGGUUGCACGGAGAGCAUUAACUGCACGUGUCAAGAAGGAUGAGUUUCAACGAGAGAACAUCUUUUACACCAAGUGCUUUGUCAACCAAGCACUUUGCAGUGUGAUUAUUGAUAGUGGGAGCUGCACAAAUGUAGUUAGUUCACUCAUAGUGGACAACUUGAAACUGCCUACAAGGGAUCACCCGCGACCAUACAAACUCCAAUGGCUCAACAACUCUGGGGAGGUUCGAGUAACCAAACAGGUUCUUAUAUCCUUCCAAAUUCAUAAGUAUUCUGAUGAUGUAUUAUGUGAUAUAGUUCCUGAACAGGCUAGUCACAUUAUACUAGGUAGGCUGUGGCAAUUUGACAGGCAGGAGUAUGAGAAGUAUUGUACAAAAAAGAAAGAAAAUGUGAGCGUCGAGGCAAAAAGAGAGAGGAAAAAGACUAUAGAUAGCUCGACAAGAAUAUGUGAUAUCUUUCCCAAGAACAUACCAAGUGGAUUGCCAUCACUUAGAGGCAUUGAGUAUCAAAUUGGUUUCAUCCCUGGGGUUUCUUUGCUAAAUCGAUCAACUUACAAGAGCAACUCGAAGGAGACUAAGGAGUUGCAAAGGCAAGUGGAUGACUUGCUUGGUAAAGGAUGGGCACGUGAGAGCUUAAGCCCGUGUGCUGUCCCAGUCAUUUUAGUACCCAAGAAAGACGGUACGUGGAGAAUGUGCACCGAUUGUAGGGCUGUGAAUUCCAUCACGAUAAAGUAUCGCCACCCUAUAUCUCGCUUAGAUGACAUGCUUGAUGAGUUACAUGGAGUUGUGUUUUUUACCAAAAUUGAUCUCAAAAGUGGGUACCAUCAAAUUAGGAUUAAGGAGGGGGAUAAAUGA